CAGUCAGUCCUCUGCACCCAACACCUUAAGAGCCCUUCGGUCCGCCCCCGGGGCGGAGAGCUCGGCGGCAGCGCGGCGCGGGCUCCGUGGAGCGGCCCAUGUCCGGCGCGGGUGAAGCCCUCGCUCCCGGGCCCCAGCGCGGCGCCGAGGCGGGCUGCGGCCGGCUGGGCGCCCCAGCCCAGGAAAAAUGUGAUAAAGAAAAUACUGAGAGAACUGUAACUCAAGCUACCAAUAGCUGCUUCACACAUGGAGAGAUGCAAGACCAGUCCAUUUGGGAAAACUGUUCAGAUGACGAACUCAUCCGAACCCAACCCCAGCGCUUGCCUCAGCUUCCAACGUGCUCACAGGAACCAACUGAGGAAGAAACCAGCAAGAUAAAGAACGGCCACACAAGUCUGAGCAAUGGAAAUGGAAUUCACCAUGGGGCCAAACAUGUAUCUGCAGAGAAUCGAAGACUUUCAGCACCUGUUUCUCACAAAAUGCAUAGAAAAAUUCAGUCCAGCUUGUCUGUAAACAGCGAUAUCAGUAAGAAGAGUAAAGUAAAUGCUGUCUUCUCCCAAAAGACAGGCUCUUCACCUGAAGAUUGCUGUGUCCACUGUAUCCUGGCCUGCUUGUUCUGUGAAUUCCUCACCCUCUGCAAUAUUGUCCUGGGCCAGGCUUCCUGUGGCAUCUGCACCUCCGAAGCCUGCUGCUGUUGCUGUGGAGACGAGAUGGGGGACGACUGUAACUGCCCUUGUGACAUGGACUGUGGCAUCAUGGAUGCCUGUUGUGAAUCAUCGGACUGCUUGGAAAUCUGUAUGGAAUGCUGUGGGAUUUGUUUUCCUUCAUAGGUAUUUGUCUUCUGUUUGUGUUAAAACUGGAGGUUUUACAAUUUUUCUUUGAAGGGGGCAGAAAAUCACAUGGUGAGAGUCUCAUGAAGCAACCCAGUAUUUGCACUGUUAACUCAUUAUUUUAAGUAAUCUCUGAAAGCCUUUUCUCUCUAACCGAAUCUACAUGUUUUAAUAUGUGAAAUUUUAACUACUUCUAAACUAAAUAAGUUACAAUGACUGAGGGACAUUUUGACCAAAAAAAAAAAAAAAGUUAAAUGUCUCCUUUUUAUGCAUGUUUCUGUUGCUUUUAACCAUUCUUAAGAGCUUCUUGCUCCAAGUGUAUUAUUUCUCUGUAUUUAAACCAGACAGUUUAUAUUUUUGAUGUUUAUCUGUUCAUGGUUCCAAGUAAGCAUUCCUUCUUUUAAAGUGAACUUUGGGAGAAAAACUCACACCAUAGUUGGGCACCCAGUGUUCAGCUCUGUGCUGGGUUCUCACUUUCUCCCCUCGCUCAUCAGACACUAAGCCCCGGCUGUGUGUAACGGCCUCUCAGAUGCAAAGACGGAUGCCACUCAACUCCCAGCCAGAGGACUAUACAGUUUAGUAGAGGAAAGACACCUGUCAAGUACACACCAGUCCUCAAGGCAUACUGAAGUGCGGAUGAUUCGAGAGAGAGGCUAAAAAGGCUCUAGGAGUACAUAGAAGAGACUAGCUCUUGUCUACCGGCAUAGGCACACAGCUUCAAGGACAAGGGGGCAUUUGAGGAGGACUUUUAGGAUGAGUGAUCCAUCCAUGGCUUGGAUGAAUCAGAUAUAGGAAGACCAAGUUUUAGGUGGGGAGCCUGAACUGUGUGUGCCCUUAAGCUGUUAAAAGAAAAAUGCCUUAAGUAUGUAUUUUCUUUAUUUGCAGGAAUACAGCUUUUUAUUAAAGCUUAUAAAAUUUAAAUUAAAGAAAAAUUUGCAAUUUUUUACACAUCAUUUAAAUGUUAUGAUAAAGUUUUGAUAAGAAUAUAAUGCUUUAUUAAAAUAGCUCUAUUUUAUUAAGAAUGUGGAAUACUUUUGACAAAAUGCAUUUAAAUUAGGUG